AUGUCGACACCCUCGACAGCCACGGCGACGCUCCCGGCUCACCAUCAUAUCUAUUCCCAUCAUCCGGUUUAUCAGCCAGCGCUCUCGAACUACAACGGCUACGGUGGCGCCUCAAAUUCAGACAUGCGUCGAGCCACGACAACCCUCGAAAGACAACCACAGCAACUGCCGCCCAUGGCGCAGGCCCCCGCCCACGCUAUGAACGCGCACGCACAGGAGUCGAGCAAUCGACGACCGAAGACAGACUGGAACGAUUUCUACAAGAACGGUCUCCCGAAGGAAGUCAUUGUGAUAGACGAAGACGAGCCCGACGACAGCGGUUUACCCGUCACGCGCCAACCAGCGCUCACACGGACCGCGACAAACGGUUCCGCGCGCCACACAGACAAAAAGCGAAAGACGACCGCAUCGACCGCCUACGACCCUGUCUACAACCAGCAGACGUCGUACUCGACCACGCAGACGCCUUACUACGACACGCCCAACCAUUCUGCAUCCAUAGACAGAACAACGUCCGCGCUCAACACAACCGCCGCCACAUCGUUAGGAUCUCAGGCUAGCAAUGGACAGCACGCCUCAGAUCUCGAUAAUAGCGCCAUCGGCCAGAAGCGAAAACGCACCCGUGCAGCGGCGCAAGACGAGGCCAAGGAAGCGAAGAAGAGAGAACUCGACCACGACGAUGACCCCUUCAGCCUUUACCAGCCACCGCCCAACCCGGUCAUCAAAGCGAAGGAGGUCUAUGUGCAGGUUGUUGCGGAUGUACGACUCCCCUCGCUCAUCAAGUCGUACACGAAAGAUCAGAAAGUCGACGACGAAGACGGCCACUACAUUGUAGUACCAGAGGCCGACCUCACCGAGCGAUAUCAAAUCCUCAAGCUGCUGGGCCAAGGAACAUUUGGCAAGGUCGUCGAGGCUUGGGACAAGAGAAAGGGUACCAAGUGUGCCAUCAAAGUCAUUCGAUCAGUGCCCAAAUACCGCGAUGCUAGCCGUAUCGAGCUAAGGGUUCUCUCAACGUUGGCCUCCAACGACAAGCAUAACGUCAACCGGUGUAUCCACUUACGAGACUGCUUCGACUUCCGGAACCACAUCUGCAUUGUUACGGAUCUCUAUGGGCAGAGUGUGUUCGACUUCCUCAAGUCAAACACGUUUGUACCUUUCCCAAGCUCGCACAUUCAGAAGUUUGCAAAGCAACUCUUCACCAGUGUCGCCUUCUUACACGACCUGAACCUCAUCCAUACCGAUCUCAAGCCUGAGAACAUCCUUCUGGUUAACAACAACUACCAAACAUUCACAUACAACCGGACAGUACCCUCAUCAUCGACGACUGUCAGUCGUCAGGCUCGACAUCGCAGAGUUCUCCUCGAUCCUGAAAUCAGAUUGAUUGACUUUGGAUCGGCCACAUUCAACGAGGAGUACCACUCCUCAGUUGUAUCAACACGCCAUUACCGGGCGCCAGAGAUCAUUCUCAAUCUUGGUUGGAGCUUCCCCUGCGAUAUCUGGAGUAUUGGAUGCAUUUUGGUCGAAUUCUUCACUGGCGAUGCUUUGUUCCAGACUCACGACAACCUGGAGCAUUUGGCUAUGAUGGAGUCUGUCUGCGGUGGCAAGAUCGACCGGGAUCUUGUACGGGCCGUCUACAAGCAGGACCGAGGGUCGUCACGAAACGCUGCCAAUUCUGCUGCAAGAUAUUUCAAAAACUACAAAUUAGAUUAUCCAAACGCAGAAACCAACAAGGCAUCGAAGAAGUACGUUAAGGCGAUGAAGAAGCUACAGGAAACAAUACCAGGACACACCGACUUCAACAGGCAGUUCCUCGAUCUCCUAAGGAGGAUAUUUGUCUACGAUCCCAAGAAGCGGAUAACGGCCAAAGAGGCACUACAACAUCCAUGGUUCAAGGAAUCUCUCAUGGAUGACGGUACCGAGGCGCAUAAGAUCCGACUGGAGAGAGAAAAGAAGGCUCGCCGACAAGAGGAGGAACGUCGGUACCGACAGGAUCGACAGGACCGAGGCUACUGA